AUGGCGAAUUCUCCAACCAAAGCCAGCACAACAAUCCCCUACCUCUACCGUUUCCUCCUCCUGAACGUAGAAUCCGUCUUCGCUUUUGGCGGCGUCAUAAUGGCCCUGACGCUUCCAGGCGCCUAUCUCUCCAGUCUAACCCGGGAAGCCAUCACCACUGUGGACAGCUCGACUGAAUUCGUCUACACCCAAUUAGCUGGAGGCUGGUUACAUAUAGCAUUCUGCGAAUUUUUCAUCCUAAGACUGGUCGACGAUUUGCGUGUUUGGAAGCUCAUGUGUAUGGGAAUCCUUCUUUCGGAUGCGCUUUACUCCCAUUCUCUGGCGCAAGCUCUCGGUGGAUGGUCUAACUGGGCUGUGUUGGCGGAGUGGACUGGUCAGGACUGGCUUGUAGCUGCUACCACCUUUCCGUUUAUUCUCACAAGAAUUGCGAUUGUCUUGGGAAUUGGCUUGAAGCAGGAGAAGGUUCAUGGUGCGUGA